AGUGUGCAGCCAGUGUAUCCUCUCUGCACUCCCGGGGACUCUUGUCAUCAGCUUUAAGUGGGCGAUGCUGUUGCUUAAUUGCAACCUGGAGGACGGUGGCCUCAAGAAUUUGCUGGAAACAGGAGCAUCAGUCAAUGCACCCCCGGACCCCCAUGAGCAGUCUCCUGUUCACCUAGCUGCUGGUGGUGGCCUUGCUUGCUUUCUUCUCUGGCAGCUGCAAACAGGCGCUGACCUCAACCAACAGGAUGCUUUGGGAGAAACUCCACUCCACAAGGCAGCAAAAGUUGGAAGCCUGGAAUGCCUUAGCCUCCUUGUGGCCAGUGAUGUGCAGAUUGACUUAUGUAAUAAGAAUGGGCAAACAGCUGAAGAUCUGGCUUGGUCAUAUGGAUUUCCAGAAUGCGCCAGGUAUCUAACAAUGAUUAAAUGUAUGCAGACAACAGAGUCAUCAAGUGGUCCCUGUGCUCCACUACUCAGACAGAAGCGAAGUUUAACAAGUGUGGAGGACAGAGCCCUGAAGAGGAAGUGUUGGUAA